GACAGUCUUGUUGUUCAUGAUUUUUGUUUUCCUCUUGAGUUCAGCAAAGAGCAAAAGCAGUAGAAGGCAGAAGUAGCACUCCUGCCUCAAAGCAAGGAGGAAUUUGCAAAACUCAAAACGGAGGAAGACUUAUGCACCUCUAAGUUAUAGACAAAAGAAAAGAAAUUGAAGAUCAUCUUCUUCCUCUACCAAGCACUAUGUCUCGCCCUGCAUAUAGAAGACCGGAAUACCAAAAAAUUAACAAAGAUCUCUUUGUCCUCACCUAUGGAGCUUUGGUUGCCCAACUUUGUAAGGAUUAUGAAAAAGAUGAAGAUGUGAACAAAUACUUAGAUAAAAUGGGUUAUGGCAUUGGAACACGGCUGAUUGAAGACUUUUUAGCUCGAUCCUGUGUGAGAAGAUGCCAUAGUUAUUCAGAAGUUACGGACAUAAUUGCCCAGGUCGCUUUCAAGAUGUACUUGGGAAUUACGCCAAGUGUCACCUGUAAUAAUGCAAGCAGAAAUGAGUUUUCCCUGAUUCUAGACAAGAAUCCUCUGGUGGACUUUGUGGAAGAGCUCCCUGCUGGGCGAUCUUCUUUGUGCUACUGCAAUUUACUCUGUGGGGUUAUCCGAGGUGCCCUGGAAAUGGUUCAUUUGUCUGCUGAUGUUUCAUUCUUGCAAGACAGACUAAAAGGUGACAAAGUGACAGAAAUAGGAAUAACAUUUCUGAAAAAGCUAGACGAGAAAAAAUAUAGACGGAAAAAAUGAAGAAUAAUGUGCAAAAUGUGACAGAGUGGCUAGUUGAGGAGUGAAUAUUAGUGAAACACAUACAGCUUCAGAAAUUUUGAAUUGCUUUAUAGCAUGAGCUUUGAAAGGCUUAUAAAUCAACCAGAAAUUUAAAAUGCAGAGCAUGUGGAUUUUCUUUUUCAUAUUUUCAACCUCACAUUCAUAGUAUUUCAUAUACAGAUAACUUUCUGCGAUGAAUUCUAUAUAUUACACAAUCCAUCCUCAAGGAGUCUAUUCAUUUCAUUAAUAGGAGAAAAAAGGCACCAUCUAUAGAAACAGUGUAUUAUCUCUAUUUAGUAGGACAAUGGAUGAUUUGAUAGAGCAUAGAGUUCAUUAUAGAGAGACAGUUUCUAGGUAUUGUAUAUUGCAUUCUCCAGAGAAACAGUUCCAAUUUUAACACUUUUCCAUAUUUUCGAGAAAUUAUGGAUUUCAUAUUUCUUAUAUAUUAUCAUAUAGCUUUAACUUCCUGAAGCUACUCUUGAAUUGUAACCACCAAAACAAGCUAUUGAUUUGUAUGCCAAUUCAGAAUCAUUUAAAAAUAGCAUUUAAUUUUUUAUUCACUUAGCUAGAAUUAACAAAACCCCUUCAUUUUUUUUUUCAUGUACUAAUGACAACCAGUGAGGAAAUCUCUAAAAAUGAAUGGUAAAUAAUGUUCUUUGAAGAACACUUUCUAACUCCAAAGUUUAUUUACUUUGAAUUUUUACUAUCAUUUUUAAUCCCCUAAAAAUCUUCCAAAGAAUAUUUUGUCUGUGGUCAGAACAUAUUUCAAAUUCAAAAUGAACCACAUUAUUAAAUAGACAGUAAUCUUUGCCAGACCAUCAGUACACAAGAGCAGCCUUGAACACAGCCCAGAAAUUAGUACUGCAGAGAACACAGAGUACAAGUAAAAGUUAUAAUUAGCAGGGCUCCAUGAAUUAAAACUUGGGUCUGGUAGUGAUAGAGGUCAACUAGGGCUUGAGGAGCCUGAUGAUCCAAUCCCAAUUGUGUUUCCAGUGGCAUCAGCUAAUCCUGACUAGUGUGGCUCAUCCUGGGCAACACACCUCUCUCCCUUUCCUCCCACCCUUUAAACAUGAGGGGAUUGGAUAUGAUAAAUAUCUAAAAAAAAAUAUCAGUGUGUUUGAAUGAUAAAAAUGACCACUGAAAUUCCACAUUUGGAGACAUUAAAAGAUCAUAAGAAAAUUGUUUAUUCUUCAUCUAUCAGUUGUCUCUUUGAAGGCUAUUGAGGUAGACCCAAAGGACCAGAGAGGGUCCCUGAGGCAGCUGCAGCAUCAUGGAAAGUCCUUCAGGUCUGUGGCACAGAAGAUGAGUAUCAUCUGGAAGAAGAUGUCAACUAUCAGAAGGAUAUUAUUUCACAUAUUUUAAGUUCAUGCCUCCAACAGA